UAAGCUACGCAACACAGCCCAGUGAUCAGUGCGUCGCUUUGGCACUCUGCCUCUGCCUGCUCACUGCCGCACUGCCGCGCCCGUAGUCACUCACAGUGCCCUGCUACCAAAAAAGGAGGAUCCCACGUAGUCAAUUACGCUGAUCCGGGGGCUAUUAAGGGAAAGGAGGGAGGAGGGGGGCGCGAGAGGAAGGAAGAUCAGGCGAGAGGAGUUGUUGCUGCUCAGAGACGGGCGGGCGAUGGGACGAUCGCCGUGCUGCGAGAAGGAGGGGUUGAAGAAGGGGCCAUGGACGCCGGAGGAGGACCAGAAGCUGCUCGCCUACAUUGAGCAGUACGGCCACGGCUGCUGGCGCUCGCUGCCCGGCAAGGCCGGGCUGCAGCGGUGCGGCAAGAGCUGCCGGCUCCGGUGGACGAACUACCUCCGGCCGGACAUCAAGAGGGGCAAGUUCAGCCUGCAGGAGGAGCAGACCAUCAUCCAGCUCCACGCUCUCCUCGGCAACAGGUGGUCGGCCAUCGCGACGCACCUCCCGAAGCGCACCGACAACGAGAUCAAGAACUACUGGAACACGCACCUCAAGAAGCGGCUGGCCAAGAUGGGCAUCGACCCGGUCACGCACAAGCCGCGUUCCGACGCGCUCGGCGCCGGCGGGGGCGCGCAGCACGGCAAUGCAGCGCCGCACCUCAGCCACACGGCGCAGUGGGAGAGCGCACGGCUCGAGGCCGAGGCGCGCCUGGCGCGCGAGGCCAAGCUGCGAGCGCUCGCCGCGUCCGCGUCCGCAUCCGCAUCCGCCUCGGCGCCGCACCUGCCGGGCCCCGCGGCUGCGCCCGUGCUCGACUCGCCGACGUCCACGCUGAGCUUCUCGGAGAGCGCGGCGCUCGCCUCGGUGCUCGAGGCGCAAGGAGCCGCGGCGGCCGCGCGCGCCGCCAUGCAGCCCAUGCAGGCGUUCGCGGAGGCGUGCAAGGAGCAGCAGCAGUGGGGCGACCUCAACGCCGCCGCAGACGCGGGCUUCGCCGGGGCGGGGUUCACGGGGCUGCUUCUCGACGGUUCCUUGAGCCAGGACCAGAGGCCGGUGGCGAGGGACGCGGAGGCGGACGCCGGGUUACAGGAGAUAGAUGAGGAGGAGAACUACUGGGACAGCAUACUGGACCUGGUAAACUCGUCGUCGGCGUCGUUACCGACGUCAGUGGUGGAUCCCGCACCCGAGGCGUACUCGCCGGCGCCGGAGUUCUGACUGGUGAGUCCUGCACGUGUGCGCCUGCAUGGAGCCGGGCGCAUAUGACACACAGUAAAUAGCUAGCGGCACAGCGGGGGGUUGUGGGAAUAAGAUAACUAGAUAAGUUUGAACUACUAAUGUUAAUUGUUAAUCGCGUUCUUGGGUUAAUCUGACAGUAACUUGAUUAAACGUGUAUGAGCAUGAUGGUGUACCGAGUUUAGAAUUUGUUGCCUGUUUGUCUGGUCAACUUUCUCAUAUUGUUUGGUUAUGUAAUUCGACAACCAUCUUCAUCAGCAAUACAAUGGAUCUAAUCGAACUGGGAAGAACCUAUAAUUUUUCCUAAGCACGAUCCAGAGAGGUGACUAGAAGAGAAUAAAUAGACAUCUUAUUAGUCUUAUAAAUUUCUUACAAAAUAGAUGAUAUACUCUUUAUUCAUCUAAAAUUUCUAAAAAACGUAUAAACAGAAACAUAAAUUUUGGAGAUAUAAAACAAGAAAGAAAGUUUUAAGGCAACAUAACUUUACUAAUGAAAUAUGAACCAUAGACUCUAUUCAAGACCAUUUUAUAUGUCUUUGAAUAUAAAAAUUUAAAACUUGAACGAAGAACAAAAGACAGUCAUCAAAAGAAGCAACUCUGUAAAUUGAUGGCUUAGAGAUAAGGUGAUUCAAGAUCAUCUCAAAUAUAUGAGUAUAUGAACAUUUAUAACUCUAGCAAUAAAAAGAAUAACUUCCUAAGGUUGAAAAAUUGUAGCUCAAAGACAAAAACAAAAAUAAAAAAAAUCAGAAUAAAAAAAGAA